AUGGCAUGGAACGUACAAGUGGCGGCAAAUCUGACGCUGGGUCUGACGUUUGUGUUGAUCGCAGGUGGAACCCUCAAUAAUUCAAGCUGUCCCGAUUCAUGUCAAUGUACGUCGUCCAGCUUUGGUUCAAAGAGCGCUAGUCCGGAGGGUGUAUCCGUGCUGUGUGAGGCUCAAGACCCGGAGACCAUUCAGUACCUCACCGCCUCACUGCCGUCGAACGUUUUCUCGUUUACCGUGCGAUACAGUGAGAUUACCGGUCUAAUCGAUUUCUGCUGCUUGGAGGAAGUGCAAGUUCUGGAUUUGUCCCACAAUCGCAUAUCCGAUGCGCUCUCCUAUUUCCAGUUCACCGAGGUUCUCGAGCUGAACUUACAGCAUAACCAGUUCCAGAUUCUGCGAAAAGAUGAGUUCAUCUGUUUUCCGAACGUCGAGGUGUUGAGGCUAGACUUUAACGAAAUUCAGGUGAUCGACCAUGAGACAUUCCGACUGCUAAAGCUCAGAGAGCUACAUCUCAGCAAUAACCGGCUAGUUUAUGUGAGCGAAAGGAUUUUCCGGUUCCUGCCGAUGGUCGAGUCGCUGGACCUCAGCGGUAACAUGUUGUCCUUUGUGCAUAGCAGAAACUUUUACUACUCGAGGAGGCUGAAGGUGCUGGAUCUCAGCGACAACAAAAUCGGCUCAGUCGACGAACGCGCCUUUGAACCCCUGCAACGACUGGUGGACAUCAACUUCUCGAACAACAACCUGGAAGAGGUACCUGCCGCGGCCCUCAUGGAUAUGCGUUUUCUCCAGCUGAACUUCAACGGUAACCCGAUCAAGAGUUUGAAAAGUAACGCCUUGGAUUUCCUGCAGGUUGAGUCCGUGUCCUUUGACCAGGUGGAAGAGCUGCGGAUGGUCAUGGAAAAUUCCUUCAGCAAUAUUAAGCAUCUGCGGAAGGUGUCGAUCAGCAACUGCGAAAACCUCGAGUACAUGUCGCCCAAUUGGCUAGCUAACGAAUCCAUGGUCGAGGAGGUGAAUCUCAGUAAUAACAACCUCCGGAUAAUUCCGUUUUCUUCCUUCCAAUCGCCAGCGCUCAAAAUAGUGGACAUCACCAAAAAUCCGCUUGACUGCAACUGUUUGUCUCCAAUCGUGGCCAACAUCUCCUUGGAAAAAUUUGUCACCGACCAUGAAUGUCUUCAGAAAGUUUUGCGAGGCCAAUCGACGGUUAACGAGUCAAACAGCUGCCCUCCUGCAUUGAUCCCCUCAACGAACGAGUCGUUGCUGAGGCCGGUUGGAAUGCCCGCUGAACUUUUCUGUGCCGUAGUUGGUCUCGAAAGCGCCUCCGUUACAUGGGUGCUUCCGAACGGCACCUCGGUUAAUAAGUACGUCGUGUACCCAAGACAUUAUGCAACUAACGAGCAGCUGUCCAUCAAGUACCUGCUCCUGAACGAUUCUGGAACCUACAAAUGUACCCUGGUAGCAGCCGGUAACAGGCGAACAUAUCGUACGGUCCAGCUUACUGUAGAAGACCCUGGCAUAAGCCUUUAUCCGUUAACCGUGUCUUCUAAUUCAAUUACUCUUGGUUGGAACAAAACCGUCGGCAUCUUACAACAUGGAGAGUACAAACUACAGUAUGGUACCUCUAACGAAGACCUCACCGUUUCCACUACUACCCUACUUCCCAACUUCUGGAACACCUAUACCAUAGCGAAAUUGCAGCCGCAGACCAACUACACUCGCUGUACGGACAUCAAGACGGCAUCGGUGGAACCGAACGUGAAGGCGGCUUUCAGCUACAGUCUAAUAGCACUGUUCACUGGCUCCUUCUGCUUGCUGUCGGCAUUCUGUACGAUUCGCUGCAUACAUCGUCGGUACUGCAUCUGGCACGAAGAUAAGUGCAGGUCUCGCAUGAUCGAAAGCCUCAGUGGCCAAGGAUUUCUGUCAAGUCUAGAUUCGAUCUACAAUCCGGGGAUCACCUAUGAAAACAGCAACGUCGUAAACAAAGGCAUCGAAGAGCAAGAGUCAGCGAUGACUGUGACCACUGAGGUCAAGCUGGAGGACGAUUACGGAGGCGAGUGCAGCUAUUCGAAACCAGCCAUCACAAGGACAACCUUUGAUCAGUGUUAA